AUGAGCAGUGAUGAGACAAAGGAAUAUAAUCAAUACUUUCUUUCAGAGGGUAUAAAUAAUGAGGAUGAAUUUUUUCAUAGUACUAAUGUUCCUGAAGUUGUUUUUCAAGAUGAAUUGUAUGAAGAAUAUCAAAUAUAUAUUGAUGAAACAGAGGAAGCUAAUGAUAUAAUAUAUGAAGAAGCAGUUCAAGAUUACGAUGAUGAAAAAGCUUAUCAAUAUUUUAAAGAAACUCAAUUUACAGAACCACCAAUAGUUAUUGGAAAAAAUAAACGCAAAAGAAGGAAACAAUUUAGAAAUCAAAAUAAACCAAAAACUCGUGAAACAGCAUAUGAUAAUAUGAAAGUUGUUGAUAAAAAGACAUGUGGUCAACAAAGAUUAAAAGAACUUAUAGAUAAAAAUUCAAAAAACAUACAAUGUUUAACAUGUAAUAUGGAAUAUUUUAUUACAAAACAAUCAUACAACAAAUAUAAAAUUAUAAUAGAAAAAAAUGAAGAAGGUGGAGAUAUUUACAAUUUUGUUUGUCCCGUGUGUGCAAUGAGAAGUACAUGUACAUUAAUCUAA